AUGGAUCGCUCACCGUGGACAGCAUUGUACUUCCGGCGUGCUUCGCUUGCGGCUCUUCGGCAGAGAGUUUAUCGAGAGGGCAACGGCAUCUUGGCUGCGAACCAUGCAGGUCUCAUCCGGUGCUGUGAUUGCUCGGGCAACCUGCAGCAGUCAGAGCGUAAAUGCAGAAUCUGCGGGGCUUUCAAGACCCUCGACUCCUUUGCAAAAAACCAGCGCCAGCAUACGGAGCCGACAUGCGUUCCUUGUCAGGACUUCAUGAUGAACAACGACGACGAGUUUGAUAAACGUGAAAAUCAACGCCUUCUCCAGCGAUCUGAGGAAGACUCGCCCACAGAUCGAGCGAUCGAGGGACCUCCCCCUGCACCCCGACGCCGACUCGCUCUUCUUGUCGCUGAAGAAGGCACCAACGAUUGUGGUCUUCCCGCUGAGCCAUCGCCACUUUCUCGAGAUCGACUCAUUGAUCAUGAUGCCCUCAAUGCAGCCCAUGGUUUCAGACAGCCUUCUACAAGUGGACGUGCAUAUGAAAGUGCUGUCAAUCGGGCUACAGAACCUCGGCCUCCACGGACAGAGAUCAACGAUGAGACCGAAUCUCGCGCAAGUUCUGAUUUGACCACGAAUAAUGAAUUUCUGCUUGAAUAUGGCUCUGACGAUGAUACCAUCGUCCCACGACCCGAACGGGCUCGAACUGGGUGGGCGAAAAUUCGCGUGAGUAUUGAUGUCUCAUGA